AUGGCUGUCUUUCGGCUGUGGUGUGUGUUACUGGUGAUUGGGUUUGCUGCGACCCAACGUGUUGCAUCGUCGAAGGCGCAAGAGGAAGUGCAAGAGGCAGGUAGGGUGCACAAAGAGGGAAAGGUGAAGGUUACAGGCAUCUCAGACGAUAUUAAAACUCGGUUCGACAGGCUUUUCAACGACAGUGCGCUUUCAUUCUUUCACUCUGCCCAGAAAGGAGAACGCAGUGCCUUGAAAGAAGAAUGGGACGCUGCAAUCGAGGACUUCCGAUCGAAAGCAGAAGCCAAAAGAAAAGAGUUGUUCGGUUCCAUCCUUCAGAUAGAUAGCUUAAAAGGAUUGCUAGGUGAGCACCAGUUGAAGGAUUUGGUGGAACGUGUUGGACUGCCAGCGCUUCUGAGUGGUGACGAUGCUGUGUCUGCAAAACUGAAUGAGCGAGAAAACAGAUUUGCCGCCUCGCUCAAACGGCAAGAAAAUCGAGAUCGUGUAACGGGCUUCGUGAGAAACUACCAAAAGAACAUUGUUGAUCUCAAGGAGACUCUCAUAAAGAGGCUUAGCAACAAGGAGAGCCUUCAGAAGCCUGCCGCGUCUUCCAAAUUCAACAAACUGCUGGAUGAAGUCAGUUUCUCUUCUAUUAUCAAGGGAAAGACAGCAACUUCCCCCCGGAGACUUUCGGUCAUGAGUUUUUUGGAGAAGGCAAAGGAACGCCUGAAAUGGACAUCCACAAGUACGAAAGAGUCGGCAAAAGUUACUGAGUUUGAGGAGAAAAUUGAGACACUGAGGAGAGAUAUCGCUGAGGAAGUGUCACGCCAGCUGAGCAGUCGCAGAAAGUCUGUGAAUGCAGAGACGGUCGAAGCGGUGCUAAAACGUGUCGGUGUGGAGGGACUAGUGCAUGGAACCAUUCGUGACACGAUGCCUGCGGAAGAGAAAGCAGUGCUAGAGCUGGCCCAUGGCAAGUGGAUGCAGAUGCAGCGAGUGAACAACAAUUACGAGCGGGUUGCAGGAGCUUUGCGAGACAGUCUUCUUUAUGACCAAGAGGCACCCCUGUCGCCGCGAAUGAAGCAACGCGUGGAGGAGAUAUACGAAGAGGGUCUCCGAGGACAGCAGGGUAGCAAUGUGAGAAGGCUGUCUGAAGUCCAAGCAUCGAACUCCCACACGUAUUCUCUGCCUCUUGCCCCGGAAGCCCAAACGAAACUGCCGGGAGAUAGUGAGAGGCUUUUCCAGUUGGUUCCGAACAUUUCAGAAGCCUUGAAGACCUUUGAGGAGAAAGUUUCCAAGUUGAUGGACAAGACCUUAUCUGACUUUAUCAAGCGGGAACAGAUGCAAGGCAUACUGGAGCCCGACGUUCUUUUGACUGUAUUCCAAAAGUUAGGCCUCAAAAGCAAGGCGGGCCGAGUGGAAAUUGCCCUGCCCAGCCUGCGUCGCAUCACAAACUGGAACGACUUAGGUAUCGAUCAGGUGGUUGCCGGGAAACUGCAGAACAUCAUUGGGCUGGACGAGUUUGUGAGGAAGCUCCAGGGGCUGCUACCCCAAGUCAACUCGAAGCUGUUAGUUUUGAGUGGUGAACUAAAGCAACGGCUUGCUGCGGCGACAGAGAAGCUCUCUGACUCUCAGUUUUUCGACGGGAGACCCCUAGGCAGCUGGGAUACCCAGCUGAUUGACAGUUUGACACUUAACUCGAUCCUGAAGGGACAUUCAACAACGGCAUCAAAAGCGGACCGAACGCUACAGAGUGUCAAUACCACAGUCGCUGAAGGAAGCGACGACCCAACGCUAGAGGAGCAGAAAAGCCUCGAACCAUCUGAAUAG